AUGAAAAUUUACAAGCUUUCCCUUGCCAUUUUUGCAGCAAUAAAAUCGGUCUGGACACGCGGAAGCCCAUUUGCUGCAUUAACAGCUCUAUGGCCUUCAAAUGAAGAAGGGAAAUACAUCAUUCAGUCAGAAGGAAUUCGCCUGGCAUUCACCAACCACGGCGCUGCCCUCACAAACCUCUGGCUGAACAACACACAUGGAGAAGAGAUCGAUGUUGUCCUAGGACUGGAUGAUGCUCGGGACUACCCCAAGCAAACGUCGAAUCCAUAUUUGAAUGGCAUCAUAGGGCGGUAUGCUGGGUUCUUAAGUAACGCGAGUUAUGAGGUCGACGGCACUGUAUUCCAAGUCUCCGCAAAUGCGCACAACAGAAGCUCGUUAUUCAAUGGGGGGGAUAAGGGCUGGGGCCGUCAUACCUGGGAUAUUGCAGUGCACAUCGACAAUAGCAUCACAUUCGUCCUGUUUGAUAACAGAUGGAAUGGUUUCCCGGGCAUCUUUGCCUCCUGCGUCACCCACACUGUGAGCCCAUAUGAAUGGCGCAUCGCUUUUGGAGUUACGCCCUUGCUGAAGGCCGGACCCAUCAACCUGAGCCAGCAGGUCUUCUUCAACCUCAAUGGCUUCAGAUCCAAAAACAGCGAUACGAUACUCAAUCACGAACUCCAUCUUCCACUAUCAGGUCUGCGAUUCGAUGUCGAUGAGUUUGGCAUUCCGACUGGGGAUCUAUUAAGCAACAAGAAGGGGAAGGAGUUUGACUUCUGGUCAUCAUCAAAGUCUAUCGGCGACGCGAUUAAACCCCAGACACUUGAUGACCAUGGGUUUGAUCUGACAUACAUACUCUCUCAUAAGCCACUUGGAGACAAAGAAGACACUCCGGCUGCUAUACUCUCCUCACCUCUGUCAGGAAUCACCAUGGAAUUGUACACCGACCAAGAAGCUCUCCAUGUCCACACAUGGAAUGACAGAUCUGCCGGGUUGAGCACCAAGAAAGACCAAGGCUCAGGCAAGGUGCUCCCGCAUGGUGCAAUUUCCUUGGAAAUGCAAGAUUGGCCAGAUGCUGUCCAUCACCCCGAAUGGAGAAACAGAAAAACUAUUUGGAGCAUGGACGGACUCUUCACGCGAUUCACAACAUACAGGUUUUUGAUCAACAAGCAAUAA